AUGCAGCUCAACAACGCAACCAUGGUGAUCUCUCUUCUCGUCCUCCUGGCCGCCGUCGCCUGCUGCGCACUGCCGGCCUCCGCCGCUGCCGAUGCCGCCGGUGGUGAGGCCGUCGGCCUGGUCGGCCUACCUGGAGCCGGUGGCGCACGUGUGGUCGGCCCGCAUGGGCUACAACCUGCGCGGCCGCGAGCAGCAGGUCGGACUCCCCGAGGAUGUGGAGGAAGAGGAGAACGCGGGCGCGCGAGUGCACUUGAGGAGGCAGCACGCCGGCGAGAACGGCGGCGGUGCGUGCAACGUCAACGCGACCAACGUGUGCAACGACCACGGCGACUGCGUCAACGGCACCUGCGUCUGCCAGGAGGGCUGGACCGGCUACACGUGCCACCACGAACGCAAAUCCAAGCUGACGGCGUUCCUGCUCGAGUUCUUCAUCGGCGCGUUCACCGGCGCCUCUUCGUUCUACCUGGGCUACAUUGGCCAGGGCGUGGGCAAGAUCGUCAUGUACUGGAGCGCCUGCCUUCUUCUCUGCUUCGGCAACAUCGGAGCUGGGUUCUCGAAGGUGUGCUGUGGCACGGCGGGCAUGGUCGUGACCUACGUGGUGGUCAACCUCCUCGCCAGCGCGACCCUCAUAGCCGUCAGCAUCUGGUGUCUGGUGGAUUGGAUCAUGAUCCUGACCGAUGA